GGCGCAUAUGACUACAAUUAGUAGUUUGCCCGCGCCAUAACCUAGCUGAAGGGCUUUGUAAAACCGUGUGUUGGUCAUCUUUGGCUUGAAAAAUAUAUUGUUAUCGGCAUUAGAUCAAAAGAGACGAACUUUCUUCACAGACAACAAUGAGCUCGCCACAUCCACCUGAGUCACCAGAGCCAGUUAUUGAGGAAAACGUAUGUGAUCAACUACCAUCACCUGCUCCAUUCGACGAGCGAAAUAUUGAUGAAGAUAAUUGAAGCGGAUAAUCUAGAGGACGUAGGUGAAGAAGAAGAACCGAUACGUGAAAUUCACAAAACGAUAAUUAUAGAGCCAGAAUGUGGAAGAGAAUUACAGGCAAUCGAGCUUUAUGAGAUGGAAUCCAAACCUGAUCCUAGAAAAGAAUAUCCGGCUAUAUAA